CACUACCUAGGGUUUUAGUCGUCAACUCAGCCAGAUUAUUCUUUUCUCCUAUUCUACACAGUUUCAGAGUUCAUCCAUGGCAGCUCCCGCCGUAUCCGCUGCUGCAAGAUCCAUUUUCCGGUCGAGUUCUGUUCGGAAUGCUGCGUCCAGGAUCGCCUCGGGGACAAAACCUACCAGCUCAUCAUUUCGUCUCCCGAGCAAGAGCCCGCUAUCUAAUCGGAUUUUCAGAUGUCCAGCUGAAAUGAGUGCGUGUCUCGACACUUUACAACCGUUUCAUACUGCAACUGCUUCGGCAUUGAUGACUUCCAUGCUUUCUCUUUCUCAUUGUUACGGCCGGCUUCCUGAAGGCAUUGACAAGACUAGAUGAAGAUGGAUGUGCAAAGAAUCAUGGGGAUGUUUUUGUUUUUUAAAGUUUCUUUAUAUCAUGUAAGGUCACAAAUUAGUUUGUUGUGUUGGGAUUUUAUAGUGAAUCUUGAAUUAAUGAGUUGUAAAUUUACAACUCCAAAUAGAAGAUAUUGUAUUUGAAAUAAGUGACAAUUUAAGACUACCUUUG